UUCUGGGAUUAGGUCGCUAACGCAUGCGGAUGCGCGUAAAGCAGACUUGCAUUAUCGCGAUACAACCGCAACUUAAAUCCACCCACCAGACUUCCAAUUACAAACAUUUCCACAUCAGGCUGCUAUGCCAACAGACCUGAUCCUCUUCUUGCGUAACGUGUAUCCAGAUUGCGGGGUGAUACCCCACCUUGUCGGGUAGAUUGAGCUAGUCGACUUACUCGCCCGAGGGCCGAAAACGAAUUGCCGUCCAUCUACCAUGAUCGGCAAUGCUUGAGUAAGACCGGUGACGAUUGGGAUGAUGAAGCUGGUGCGCCGAUUGGCGUUGCUUGCACCGUCGUACAAGGCCACCGAGGAGCUGAGUGGGUUGGGUGGGACUUGUUUCGGAGAGCGAAAGUGAUAAAGCUCAUGCUAUCCGCGUCUCAUAGCAACUCUCUCGGUUUUCUCAAGUCAAAUUCAAAGCUCUAAUACUGUUGGAAACGACGAACACUAUGACGAACGGCCACACUAAUGGCACGAAUGGUAGCCACAAGGACUACUCUGUCCCUCGCGAGACGCAAAACAUCUUCGAGAAGGGCAUAUUAAGCAAUCCCCUCAUCGCUCCCACGUUACCCACCGGUAUCGCAGAAUGCGCGAAGAAAGUUCAGUUCAAGGGCACCGAUAAGCCCAGCAUACCCAUCAACUGGCGCUUCGCCGAAAGCAUCUCGGCACUCAAGGGGCUAGAAGCUGCCAUGAUCAACGUCCUUUUGAAGAGGAAAUACGGACUGGAACCCCAAGAAGCCGUCAUUGAUACCGACCACGCGCAACUCUUCUUCAUGUCGAUCUUACUGAACGUCAUCGAACCCGAUGGCGAGAACAUCGAGUUCUUGACCAAACCAUUCGCGAAGGGUUCGGACGCAUACAAUAGAUAUUUCAAGAACUGCGAUUUGCAUGAUCUGAGUAGGACUCCGUAUCGCGUAGCGGCUACGAACAUCUACCAGUGCAAAGAUGGAAGAUACUUCCAUCUCCAUGGCUCCAUGAAUCCUGAACCCACGCAAGAGAGUGUCGGAUUACCGCAUAACAUGGACAUAGCUGAGUCGAAGGAUCCAUGGAAACCAUACGAAGAGAAGCUAGCAGGUAUCGAAUCCGACGAGAUGCAACGGUUGGCGUCGGAUGUGUACAAGCAAGCUGGUACGAUCUGCUGGACAACCGAAGAGUUUAAGAAAAGCGAGCAUGGAAAAGCGAAUGCCCAUGUAGGCCUCUACGAAAUCCACGAUGUCAAGAAUCAGAAACAGCCGGCGUGCUGGUGGCCAGAUAGCUCGGAGACAGGUGUAAAGAGGCCACUCGCAGGUCUCAAAGUCGUCGACCUGACCCGCGUCAUUGCUGCUCCAGCUCUAACCCGAGGCCUCGCCGAACUGGGUGCUUCGGUGAUGCGAGUAACAGCUGAGCACGUUACCGACAUGUCCAUGUUACACGUCGAUCUUAGCUGGGGAAAGUGGAACGCGCAUCUGGAUUUCCGGAAAGAAGAGGAUAGAGAGAAGCUGCGCGCUCUGGUCCGAGAAGCCGAUGUUGUAGUACAAGGUUAUCGGCCUGGUGUGUUGGAUAAAUAUGGCUUCUCGCCCGAAGGCCUACUAGACCUGACGAAGGAUCGAGAGCGAGGUCUUAUCGUUGUGCGGGAGAACUGUUAUGGCUGGUAUGGUCCUUGGUCGUAUCGCAGCGGGUGGCAGCAAAUCUCCGACGCGUGCUGUGGCGUAUCGAUGGAGUUUGGACGAGCCAUGGGCAAUGACGAGCCCGUCACACCUGUCUUUCCUAACAGCGACUUCUGCACUGGUACUUCUGGUGUCAUCGCCGUCUUGAACGCGAUAAUUCGAAGGGGCGCUGAAGGUGGUUCUUACAAAGUCGAUAUCGCUUUGAACUACUAUUCCCAAUGGUUAGUAAACAGCGUCAGCACUUAUCCCACAGACGUUUGGGAAGAUGUCUGGACACGCAAUGGACGCCAAGUUUUCCGCCAUCACCACAACAUGCAGUAUACACUGCCGCUCUUCAUGAAGAUGCUAUUCAAGAAUUCGGGAUCCGUGCUAUUCAAGCCCGACUUCUUUGAGAUGCGACAUGCGGGCGCGAUCGGCAAGGACAUAAAGGGGGUCAAGCCGAUCAUCCAAUACCCACAAGGAAAUGUGAAGUUGGGGUACAAUGUAGGGACGCGAGGAAAUGGUGUCGAUAAGCCGGCGUGGCCGAAGAAUCUGAUGACUGAGAUUGUCGGGUAA